AUGCCCGCCGUCGUCCCCGCCCCCGCCCCCAGCACUGCCCACGCCCCCGCCCCCGCGGUGCCAGUCGAGCGCUUCGACGAGGAUCUGGGAACGCAGGCGGAGGACACCGAGGCGGAGGUGGAGCGCGCCGUCAUCUGCUUCGGGGCGUUCCAGACCUACAUCGUCGGCGUCCAGUACUAUAGCGGCACCGUGAGCAGGAACGAACAGGUUCGUCUGGUCCGAGAGCCCAAGAACCCCUACGACCGCAACGCCAUCCAGGUGAACAACAUCCUGGACAUCAAGGUUCGCGGGAUAAGAAAGCUGGUGCACCACGCGUCCGGCGUGGUCACCACCGGCGCGAACAACAAGUACUCCAUUCCGGUCACGCUUUUCCUCUGGGGCCUUCCCGAGAAUAAGGAGGAGGUGAUCAAGCGGUGCCGCCUGGGCCAGCUGGUUCUGGGUAACAACGUCGAACCAGCCGCCCGGCGCGUGAUGGAGUUGGAGCCGGUGACGAGGACCAUGGACGCGACGGAGCGCGAGGAUGCGCUCGACCAGCUGUUCAAGCGACUGGAGGAGGAGCGCCAGUCCACCAAGAUGGCGACGCCGAGCGAAACGAUCACCGCGCCGCUGUACCCGCACCAGAAGGAGGCGCUCGCGUGGAUGCUGCACAGGGAAAACAGCAACGCCUUGCCGCCGUUUUGGUCCCACGAGGAAAAGACGGGGAUGUACGUGAACAUCCUCUCGUCGUACAAGACCUCGGUCAGGCCGCAGGUGUGCCGCGGGGGUAUCCUCGCGGACGAUAUGGGGCUGGGCAAGACGCUCAACACCAUCGCGCUCAUCGCGUCCAACCGACCGGGCGCGGCGCCCCCGGCGCUCGAGGAGGCGCCCGAGAAUGACGAGCCCCCCACGAAGAAGCCGAAGGGGAAGACGAAGGGCCCGGGUCCCUCGAAGAACGCUCCCAAGGUUCUGGCGAGCAAGCAGGAUCAGGCCGGGUCCACAUCCUCGCCCCCUUCGCGGGACGGGCCCAAGGCGACGCUGAUCGUGUGCCCGGUCUCGGUCCUCUCAAACUGGGAGCAGCAGAUUGCGGAACACACCGACGGAAGCCUCAGCGUGUGUCGGUACCACGGCGCGUCAAAGACCAAGGUGACGGACGAGUUGGCCCGCCACGACGUCGUCAUCACCACCUACGGGACCCUCACCGCCGAUAAGGGCGCCGUGCUCAACAAGGUUAAGUGGCUCAGGGUUGUGCUCGACGAGGCUCACAACGUCAAGAACCCCAACGUGGGUCAGUCCAUCGCCGUCAGGCAGCUCACCGCGGAGAGAAGGUGGGCCAUCACCGGCACACCCAUACAGAAUCGCCUCAACGACCUUUACUCCCUCCUCGCGUUCCUUCGCUUGCAACCACUGGACGACAGGUCGUUCUGGACCCGCGUGGUAGAUAAGCCGGUCCACGCCGGCAACCCGGUGGGAUACGAUCGCUUGGUCACCCUCAUGGCCGCCAUCGCGCUCAGACGCACCAAGGCACAAAAGCUGAAGGACGGCACCCCGCUUGUGCGCUUGCCGCCCAAGGAGGUGUUGGUGCAGACCGUGGAGAUGGGUCUGGAGGACAGGGCGCGGUACUCCAAUUUGCUCAGAGCCGCGCAGGAAACCAUAGGAGGUAUGAUCGAGGACGGGACCCUGUUCGGCAACUACGCUCACGCUCUCGAGGUCAUCCUUCGUCUGAGACAGCUGUGCUGCCACGGCGCACUCGUGCCCCGGGGGAAGAACGGGGAAGAAAAGCCGGUGACUCCGCCGACGGGCGAGCAGAUGGCUCAGCUGCUGACGGUUCUCCGCGCGGGUGGCCUCGACGAUUGCUGCAUCUGCCUCGGCACGAUGUUCCACCCCGUGGUCACCCGAUGCGCGCACGUGUUUUGCCGGGGAUGCAUCGCGCCCGCGCUCGAGCGGAAGCGAUCGUGCCCGCUCUGCCGCGCGGACUGCGAGCCGGGUGAGCUCGUGGAGGCGCCGCCAGACGAGGACGGGGAGACUGGCGACGGGGCCUCGACCGGCGCGGGCGCGGCGCCCCCCAGCGCCAAGACCGAGGCGCUCGUGGCCCGGCUCAAGACGGACCUCAGGGCCCGCGGCGACGGCGGUCGCAAGGCCAAAGCCGUGGUGUUCAGCCAGUUCGUGACCUUCAUCGACAUCGCGCAGAAGUCCGUCGAGGCUGCCGGGUUCAAGUGCGUUCGACUGACCGGCGGCGUCUCGGCGGCGGGGAGGGAGAAGUGCAUCCGGGAAUUUCAGAGCCCCGACGCGGACUCUCCGGAUGUGAUCUUCGUCUCCCUCAAGGCUGGAGGCGUGGGAAUCAAUCUCACCGCCGCGAGCUUCGUGUACAUGCUGGACCCGUGGUGGAACCCAGCGACGGAGGAUCAGGCGAUGGAUAGGGUGCACAGGCUGGGGCAGGACCGGCCGGUGAAGGUGGUGAGGUUCGUGUGCAAGGAUUCGAUUGACGAGAAGAUGAUGGAGCUUCAGCAGCGCAAGAGGGAGCUGGCCAAGGCUGCGUUCGUGAAGAAGACGGAGAAGGAGAGGCAGGAAAUGCGAAAGGCGGACCUCAGCCUCCUCCUCAGCCUCACGAAUCUGGUCUGA